CCCCGCGGCGGGCGCGGUACUGCAACGGGUAAGUUCAACUGUCCCCUCGCCGGGUGGAUCAGCAUCAGACCCGUCUCUCGAGUUAUAAACAACCGCUAAACGGCUCGCAAUGGUUUGGCAGACUAGACUAUCGGCGGUGCAACAUCAUCAUCAUCACAUCAGUAGACUAGUAAGCGCGGUUCGCUGACAAGGAGAGCGCCGAACGGACUGUGAUCGUCGCGCUGUCGUUGCCGCUGCCGCUGCCGCCGCCGACACAGGAAAAGUAAGCAUCGUUGUUCGUUCGUUCGUUAUCAGAUCGAUUGCCGUCUCAGUGCCAGGCAGGCAAACAGAACUACAAGCGUCGCCGUGUAUCAGUGGAAAGGCGGAAGGGCCCACUACCAUACUACGUUCAACAGCAACACGGACGACGACAGCAGCGAUAUGAACGAAAACUGAUCAUCAUUUGAACGAAUUUUUGUCAUCGUGGAUCAGUUUCAACGCUAGCGUUUCGCACUUUGGUUGACGAACGGACGGCCGGCCGGCGCAGUACUUUCGUGCUUGAAAGGAUUAACAUAAACCACAUAAACGCGGUUUUGCAUCAUCUGGCUGUGUUACUGUGUGUUUCUGUGAGAGUUCUCGCGAAGGGCAGCAAUCCGAAUCCUGCUGUGUUUAUGUUAACUUUUGUGUGUUCUUUAUGUGUCGUGUAAACUGUCCUCUUGAUUUAUCCAAUCCUGUUCGAUCUUUAUGUGUUUCCGACAUUUCGAUCCAAUGUAUGAAAAUUUUCUGUAGAUAGAUACUUAGUCUGUUGUUUUGUGCCUAUGCUUUUGUGACUUAGUAUAUUCGUAUGUUCUUAGUUAUAUUCGUGAACCGUCUGCACCGUUGUAAAUCAAUAGAAUAGUGUUUGCUAUUGCUGUACUUGCUGCUUUCGGAUCGAUCGUGUUGUUUUUGCAUGUACGCCUGUACGUGGAUCGUCCUGUCUGCUUGCCGGUCCUGUGAUCGUGACUGUGUUGCUUUCCCGUGUAGGUAAAGCACAAGAGAGCCUCUUCACUGCUUGCAACAAGUGAUAGAUUGAAGAAGAAUCCUGCGGCUAGGUAAAGAGCGGAAAAAAAGAAAAAAAGUGUUGGAAAUCCUUCAGUCUGAUGAUAGUAAAUAAUAGUAAGAAGCUAGCAAAAGAGCAAAAUAAUAAGCCAUAGAGCGAGAGGCGAAAAGGUGGUGUUCAUUUUCUACCCUCUAUUCGUGAUAAGAGUGUUUUCUUUUGCGUGUGUCUGUGAGUGUCCAAAUCGUGGGUAUUGUUAUAUUUGUGUCCGCGUGUUUCAUAGUCUGUGCAAGUGUCCAACCCCUCGUAACGUAUCAAGUCAAAUCAAUCAAAAAAGUGUUCCUUUCAAAUUUAAUCACCAAACAACAAUGCUUAAUUCGUUGGAAGCGUUGGCCGGCAAGAUCUCGCCCGGUUCCGGCAAGAGUUCUCCGUCAUCCGGGAUCGACAGCAAUGGCAACAAGGUGCUGCUAGGUGGAUACGUCCACCAUCACCAUCAGCUGCUGCACUCGGCCAAGCAUCCCUACCAGAAGCCGGGUCUUAGCAACAAUAACAACAAUAGCAACGUAGUGAACAAUCCUGCCAAUAAUGGGUCCCUGGUGGCGGUGACGGCGGCCGCCGCGGUGGGGUCGCUGGUUGGUGGCAGUGCCCAGGUGAUCGGCAGCAGCAAUGGCUCGUUUGAUGAUCAGUAUCAUCAACAGCAACAGCAACAACAACAACAACAGCAGCAGCAGCACCAACAGCAGCAGCAACAACAACAGCAGCAGCAGCACCUUCACAACCAGCUUCACCACCGACUCGGAACGGACGUUCCAGAAGCGGCGUCGCAGAUCGAGAUGAACGCGAAGGAAAACGCCAUCCUGAAUAUGAACAACAACAACAGCAGCACCGCCAAUAAUAACCUCAACCCCGCCAACAACAACAACAACAGCAACAAUCAUACCACGCUGAACAACAACAAUCCAAAUGUGAUAAACCAAAACAACAAUAACAAUGGCAGCUCGUGCAUCAGCAUGCUGCAGGUACGGAAAACGCCUCCGUCCUGCGAGGAAGAGGAAAUAGUCCGAGACCAGCCGGACCCGGACUACAUCAAAAUGUUCGUCGGCCAGGUGCCUCGGUCGAUGGACGAACAGCAGCUGAAGGACAUGUUCGAGGAGUUCGGCAGGGUGCACCAGAUCAAUGUGCUGCGGGACAAAGCGUCCGGGCAGAGCAAAGGGUGCUGUUUUGUGACGUUUUACACGCGAAAAGCGGCCCUCAAGGCCCAGGAUGCGCUGCACAACAUCAAAACACUCGUGGGGAUGCAUCAUCCGAUCCAGAUGAAACCUGCUGAUAGUGAAAAUAGAAAUGAGCGGAAGCUGUUCGUAGGUAUGCUAAGUAAAAAGUACAAUGAAACUGAUGUGAGGCAACUAUUCUCCGGCCACGGUACAAUCGAGGAAUGUACGGUGCUGCGGGAUCCGUCCGGACAAAGCAAAGGCUGUGCGUUCGUCACCUUCGCCACCAAACAGGCGGCGAUCGGGGCAAUUAAGGCUCUGCACCAGAGCAAAACGAUGGAAGGCUGUUCGGCGCCGCUGGUAGUAAAGUUUGCGGACACCCAGAAGGACAAGGACGCCAAACGGUUUCAGCAGUUGCAGACGAACAUGUGGACCCUCAAUCAGCCAAUUACGCAAUCGGUGACGCCGCUGACGGCACCGGCCGCCGGCCAUCAUCCUAACCCGCCGCAGCAGCAGACACCGUUCCUAGCGGCCGACGCCAUCCCGGCUUCCCUGACGCUGCUGCAGCAGCUACAGGCAAUGGCCCAGCAGCAACAGUUUCUACAAGGUCUCGGUACGCAGACUGAUACGACGACGGCAGCAGCCGCGGCCGGACUGCUCAGCCCGCUGUCCAUGCAGAACCUGGUGACGCUAGCGGCCAUGACGCAGCCCUCGCUUCAGGCAGCCGCCGCCCAAACACCCACCUCGGCCAUCACCAACGCAGCGACCUCACUGUGGACUGCAGGAACUGAUACCGCACUGACGCAGUACGCCGCACUGCCACAGUUUGGUUCGGCAGCAGCAGCAGCAUUCACCACAACGCCUUUAGCUACACCUUCGCUGGCGCAAGCAGUGGCAGCGGCCGCUGGCAAGCAAAUUGAAGGUCCCGAGGGUUGCAAUCUGUUUAUCUACCACCUGCCGCAGGAGUUCACCGACACCGAUCUGGCCUCGACGUUCCUGCCGUUUGGCAACGUAGUCUCCGCUAAGGUUUUCAUCGACAAACAAACCAACCUGUCCAAGUGCUUCGGCUUUGUGUCGUUCGAUAACGUUGCGUCGGCGCAAGCCGCCAUCCAGGCGAUGCACGGUUUCCAGAUAGGCACCAAACGGCUGAAAGUGCAGCUGAAACGCUCCAAAGAUGCCUCCAAGCCGUACUAGGCAGCAACCGUUGAGUGUAUGCCGCCAUGCGGAUGAAUCGGGAAAAGGAGCAGCUACUCGUUUAUCGUCGUUCUGUUCGUCGCUUGUCGUUUCUACUACCCGUUCUAGAGCAAUGAGUCCAAAUGUUUUCGUUUGCUUAUUUAAGACACAACAGAAAAAAAAAUAACGCAGAACCUCUAACUGUUGCUCCCAACUGUGUUGGGCGUACACAAAGACUCGCGCGGGCGUUUAUACGGAAGUAGAUUAACUGUGGUAAAAUCUCUGUUUCCUGUUUCCGGAUCGUUGGAGAGAAGAGCCGGAGCCAUUUUCUGUUUUAUUCUACCUUUGAUUAUAUAACUUUUUUUUCGUUACUUGUUCGAUGAUAGUUCGUUGCGAAGACAAGAAUUCCAAAACAAACAAACAAAAAACUAAUGAUACAAAAAACGGUACACACAAACUAGCACAAGAAAACAACACUAACAAAGCAAGAGAGGUAGCUGCGCAUCAAAACGCUGUUAGACUAAUGUUUAUCUUAUCGUUAAUCGGAAUUUGUUGAGUAGUUUUGUUUAACAUUAUCUUACUUUUUUUAUAUUGCUAUUACUUUAUUACAAUUAUUACUAUUAUUAUUAGUUUUAUAAUCCUUUUCACCACAGAGGAAAAGUGUAGUAAGUUUAGAGCCUGUCGGCUGUGGGACAGUCAGCUUCUCCCUGGAAGUUUUACCUAAUUUUAGUGGCUCACACAUACCCACACAUACACACCAAGAUUAGUUUCAACCGCAUAUGACCUGGGGAGCAGCUGACAACCGUUAUUCCCCGUGAAAACCAAAGGCUAGUAGUCAGUUUUCAUUUUGUUUAUCGCUGUUUUUUUAUAUAUAACAACACCCAAGUGAACCUAGGAUUUGUUUUAUAACCCUACGCCUUUUUUCGUUUAUAUAUUACCAUACGAUACGAUACGAUUACCAUAGAUCUUGAAUUGAAGUGAACUUCAUUUUGCUAUGAUUUCAAUCAAUCAAACAAACAAACAAUAUCGCCAAUUAUUUGAAUUUGAAUUUUAUACUUUAUCUUUUUCUUUUCUUUUUGAAUUACCAGUUUUACAUCUGUAAGAGUAAACACGAUAAUAAUUUAUUUUCAUACCGUUUCACUGAUUAUCAAACAAUUUAGUUAAUUUGUAGUUACACGCAUAUGUAUUGUAUGUAUGGGUUUAGUGAAUGGUAUACAAACAAAAACCAACCAAUCGGAGUAAAAAACAGCUAAUGAUAGAAAGUGCAUACGUCCGCUUGUGUCAAUCAGUUUGAUAAACGUGAACUUUGUUAGGCGCGUAAAUUUACCGGCACACGACACGAGCCGCACCGCACCGAGAAAAACGCGGAGAUAAACUUUGUUAAUAGGUAGUUAUGUAUACAUGUUACUAUUUAUGUAUAAUCUGAUUAAAUGUCACUCAUUCAUUAUUCAUUUCUGGCAUCAACGUGUCAUUAUUAAUUCUAUUAAAAUUUCAAAUUACCAUCAAUUCGAAGCACGGAUCGGUGCGCUUGCUGUGCCGCUUUGAUGUGCGGUCAGCCAACCACCAGCGGUGGAUCAAAUGUGGAAAGUGGAUCCUUUUCUGUCCUCGUGGCGUGCGAGUCCGACUAUCGGUUUGCAGGCUCAGCCUCAGCGAGCCCCGGUAGUGAUUCGGAAACGACUAGGAUAAGCUUAUGAGUUUCGCGAGUGGAUUGGAUACCGAAGUUUUCAUCCAUCCUACCGUGUCCAGGAUACGGUGUACAGAUGGACGUCGCACGUGGCGAGCUGAUGUGUAAAAGUAAUAAUUAUUAUAAUCGCAAAUUAUGGCUUAAUUAGCAAAGGCAACAAAUCGUUCCGCCCGGAUGUGCGGUUUACGAGGUGUUAACUGAAUUUUGAUCAGCUUUCAGCGCCAGUCAGUAGGUCCAGUUUCAAAUGUGAGGGGUGUGUUCAGCGGUUUCCGGUUUCCAGGGUUGCGCCAAGUUCAGUAAAUCUGGGAUACAAUGAAAGCUUUCGUAACUGUAUUUUAAAAUUUUUAUUGAUUUUUUUUGCCAUUUCCAUAAUGUAUUGCCAAUCUGCUUCUUUGUUGUAGAUUGUAUUACAAAAAGUUUCAUGGUUUAAUUUUUAAUGCUAAUAUGUGUUCUAACUUCCAAUUUUACUCAUGCAUACAUUGAUUUCACUUUUUAAUGCGAUCUAAAACAGCGAUAUAAAUGCGAAUGAAUUAUUUACUUUAUCCGUAGCGUGUGCCAAACAAUUCAAACAUUCUUGCUGUGGAAGUUGAAGUUGGUUUUUUAGUUACCACGAGCAGACAGUGAUAACAAACAAACAAACGAAAAAAAAAACACCAGAAAAACGACACUGAAACAACACUUUGCCCAUUGAUAAAUUAUUCACUGCUAAUUUAAUCAAACUGCUCGCAGGAAAUUGCCAGCCAUAACCGGUCGACCGGCGGCCGGCUAAGCCAAGGCAAACUCGUUGAAGCAAAGCGCCGAACAGAGUAGCCAAGCACCGCGAAGAAAGAAAAAUCUCCGAGCAGGAUAAGCGAAAGGAUUUAUUGAACCGAGCAGUGUUCGUUCGUUCUUUUGUUCUGCUCGUGGAAAUUUAAUGCUAUACUGCUGCAGCAGCAGUAGCAGCAACGAAGAAAAUACUCUGCGUACUUUAAUCCCUGCUUAAGGAAGGAAGUUUUUUCCCAGUUGAAACGGGUACGUGACCGAUUUUAGGUUGGCUGUUCUAACGCUCGUAAACAAUGAGAAGAAUGAGUACAUUUAGAUUGUAGUCCAGAGACCCACAUCGGAAAUGUGCAUUUGUUUUCCAUUUUUGGAAAUGCUAGAUAACAGACAUGCAAAGCCAUUCAUUGGUGGUUGCAUCACCACAGCAACGGAAGAAUGAUCAGGCAUUUUCGAAACUGCUUGACCCUUUUUGGUGCUGCAAGCUUUUUGUACAUACUUGCUUGCAGGGCGAUGAAUAUUUGAACAUCCUGUAAUUAUAUUUGUUUUGCAUUGGCAGGCAGCAGUGAUCCAAUGAUAGGCUCGCCGUAAAUUUACAGUAAAAGAAACACUGCAAAGCGACUAUUUGCUGUCAAUGAUAUAUUUUAAUUGAGCUUUUAGAGUGUUUCGAUCGGCUCUGUUCUAGAAUCUCGAGCACAUAUUGGUAAAAUUCGCUGUGUUAUUUUUUCCGGUUCAACAAGUUUGUCCAAUAAAUCAACCAAUCUUUUUGAUGCGUUUUUUAUGUUGUAGCAUUGCUGCUCCUAAUAAUGAGCGAAUGCAUAGCAGAUGCAGAAGAGUUCUAACCUAAGAUAAAACUUUUGCUAUGUGAAUUACCAAAACGCACGUGGACUUUGCAUCAUAGUUAAUGCUUUAUGCAUUACUAUGGCAGUAUCCUACCACAAAAUGUCUGCAUUAAGUUAAACUUCACAUUCACAACAUUUAUACGAAUUUGGAUUGCAAAUUUAGAUGCCCUGUCCUGUUAAUGAAGGAACCCGAGCGGAAUUUAAUUCUUUAAAACAAUUAUUUUUAAAGUUUUCUGUACUUUUCUAUCAAAUAUUAGAUAGAAGGCUUGUAAUCUUAAACGGAAAUCACUUGAAAUUUAAUUUUGUUCUCUGAAAGCUGGCUUCGAAAUCUGUCGAACAAAGAACAGAAGGUCAAAUUCCAAAACAAAGAAAUCUAAGCAUUGAUUUUUCACCAAACGCCCUCUAAAUGCAAUAAAUGUACCCGACCCCUCCGUUGAAAACCGUUUGUGCUAAUAAAGUUAAAUGUUUUUCUCGAAAAUGACAGUUUCAGUUAAAGUUCACUUGAACUAUGUAGCACACGUAACAUAGAAACUCAAAUGUAAGAACACGGCACUAUUUCACCCGCAUUCGUGCAUUCACUGGACACUGGGAAAGAUCUACGACUAUUAGGUAUGCUUCGCGUGUAGUUCAGCACACAAUUCCGGAACCUCCUAGUAAUUAAAUAUCCUUAUCUAAUAACUCCUAGUACACGCGAACUAGUUUUAGAGCUUUAGACGCAUUUUUCUAUCACAAAACAAAAACAAAAUUAACGCGAAACAAUUGAGCCGAUAAAAUUGUAAUCCUUUCUGGGUAAAGCUUGCGAUUAAAUUACCACGACAAUCCACUCGCAAACGUACCGAUCCUGUACUACUGUAACUGUCCACAACCACAUUUGGUCACUCCGCUGGGUGGGAAGGGGGGCGGUUUCGUGCAAAACCCCUGAUAAUCGGGUUUCGGGUGUGUUGUGCUCGAAAGAGGUUUCUUCUUUUGUUUUUUGUUUUUUUCUUUUGGGGAAAACUCAAUCCUAUUACUAUAGGCCAGGCCAGUGUGUCAGGACUCAGGACCGGUCCAGAUAUCCUGAAUCAAUCUUUCAAAACGCAACCCGUUGGUGAUCGAUAAUAUAACGUAGUUUGUAAUAAAUGCACACACACACACGCGUGAGCUAGGAGAAAAAAAACUAAGUGCGUGUGAGCGUAGAAUGCGAUUGAAUGAUCGGCAGCGAGUGCGAUUCUAAUUAGUGAUAAGAGAAGUCGGUCGAUAAAUGAAUGUACAUUCAAUACAAACCUGCGACAGACAGGCAAGGCAGAGCGGGAGGAGUAAAUUUCUAGUGAAAUCCCUCACGGCGGAAACCGUCGCAGGCGCAGGUUAAAGCGAAAUAGAAAAUUAAAACCAUUCAAAUCGGCUGCGGGAAAAUCAGUACCAACAGCAAUCAUCGCUAAAUGUGCCAGUUUAAAGAAACCAAAAAGAGAAAAUCACGGAAAAAACUGAAAGUGAAAGAAAAAAAAUAUCUAAAAGUGAGGGGGAAAUUCUUUUAGUAGUAGGUAAAUUGAGAAAAUGGAAGAAAAAAAUAGUGGGGAAUAGAGUCGAUCCUGGAAACUGGAUGUGUUUUGUUUAGUUAAGUCAAAGUCGAAAUCCAAAUCAGUGAAAACAUGUGAAUAGGGAGGUUAAGAAAAAAAAUGUCUAUAAGAUGGUAAAAAAUGGAGAAAAAACACAAGAAAAAAACUUAACUAUAUAUUAUAUACACUAGGUACUUAUAUAUUGAUAUAUAUUAUAUACAAAGAAGAAAGUGGAGGCAAAAAUGCACGUGUUCUUUGAGUUUUAGAAGCAGCAAACAGAAGAAGAAGAAGAAUGGAGAAGUUUCUAUUAGAGAGGAGAAGAAAUCGUAAAUCGUUGUCAGCACCUGUUUUCAUGUUUCCCCUUUUCAGUUGACCAAGAAAGAGGUGACAAGGCGUUUUUGGUGGGCGGGAAAAUAAGGCAGUUCCGUGUUCUGUUUUCUGUUUUUUUCCUCUCCCAGUGUCUAUUCGUUGUAUGUAUGUACAGAAUGCAGCGCGGUGUGUGUCAGGUCAGCACCGGAAAGAAGAGACCGUGCGAGAAAAGGACGAAAAGCGGUAGUGUUUCGAUUAUGUAUGUCGCAUAGGAUAGGCAAGAUGCGGAUCAGACAUCCGUUUUCUGUUUCCUUUGAUAGGAGCGAUUGUUCGUGUCGAUUCUGUUCUGUUUUACUUUACAAUUUGAUACAAUAAAUU